AUGUAUACGUUUGAAGCAUCAUCGCCUUACUUUUUUUUGGCUUUUGCAAGUAUAAUAUUUCCAAGUUUUAAGAAAAAUUUCGGAAUUCCGAGGAAAUUCUGUUUCCUUAAAAAAAUCUCUUCUCUUAUAAAUUUCCGUUCCAAUACGUGCUCUUUUGCGUCUUUGCAAGACGUAAUCAGCAUUUUAAAUGUAAUCCACCAUACAAAUUCUCUGGCAGCUUUUUUAGUACACUCGUUACUUUCUUCCUUAAGAUUUUAUGCAAUGCUUAAUGGCAAGACUCUUAAGCGGUGUCCUAGAUUAUCAAGAUUGAUACUGGCUGUUCCUAUAAAAAAUAGGGGACAAGCGGCUGGGAACAAGGUUUUUAAAAUACAUGAGCUGAAUCAUCUGAUCUCUCACGCCCCAUGGCGCGCGGGGUGGAUCUGGAUUUCGUUGCUUGUGCGGGGCUCUCAUGCAGGAUCAAAACAUUGGAGAAAAAAUCGAUUGCGUGGAACAUCACAAACAUUUGCGGACAUUUUUUUUUUAUUUUGCGGACAAGUGACAAGUGAGAAGAAAACAAAACAAGUCAUCAACAUUUUAAACGCAAAUAAAUCAAAUCAAAUGGCGGAGCAUAUUUCUUCUGAGCAAAUAUCUGAAUUUAAAGAAUGUUUCAAUUUGUACGAUAGAGAUAGUGAUGGCUUGAUCUCAACUGAGCAGAUGAUUUUAGUAAUGCGUUCCCUUGGACAGUGUCCAUCACAACGGGAGCUGAACGAGUUAACUCAAAAAUUAGGAAAACCAAAGGUGACUUUCCCUGAAUUUCUCGAUAUAAUGUGGAAAGUGAUGCAGAAGUCACGUAACCCAGAGAAAGAUAUUCUUGAGGGGUUCAAAGUCUAUGACAACAAAAGACAAGGCUUGAUUACGAUGAAAGAUCUCAGGCAUGUUAUGACAAGAACUGGUGAGAAGCUGACACCGCAAGAAUUUGAUUACAUGCUGAGUCAGGUUGGAGUCAGCAGAAAUGCAAGCAGUAUUAGUUACCAAGAUUUAGCGAGAGCGUUUAGGCAUGUUUAAUAUAUAUUUUUGUUAUUAUUUUUCUUGGUAACUUAUAUUCAUUUUUUGCUGAUAGAAUUUUCUCUGUGCUGAAACCAAAUUGCUGAGAAUAAAAUCUUCCUUAAAUAUUUCUGAGCAAUUCAACUUAGCACUCUGUAUGGCAUAACUACUGCGAAAAAUGAAGACUUAGGUAAAGUUCACUUUUCUGACAUUUUUUUGUAAUUUUUAUCUUUAUUUAAAUGUUCAACCGCACAUUUAGUUUUUUGUAUUAAUAUUUAUUGAAUUUAGUUUAUAAUUUAUGUAAAUUACAGUUGACUAAUCGGCUUGUGUCGGUUUGCGAUGAGAAAAAGAUAACAUCAAUGUUCGUAAGGCGGAUUUCCAUGAAUCGAAUUGUGGUUGGCGAAUACGGCAGCAAAAACAUUUUUGAAUUCUCCCAGUAAUGAGUUUUUCCAAAAAAAUAUAAAAACACUUUGCGUUUUGAUUGGUUUACAGCGAAUUAUUUCGCCGCUAGUAAGUAGAAAGUGUCUCUACUUUUUCACGAAGAAAAUGUUUAGAGCCAAUAUCAAAACAAAUGAAACUACGCUUGCCCAGAUGCAUUUUGCGGGCGAAUUUUCGCGUGUAAAUCUGCCCUUCGUCUUUCAUUUUUCUGAUAAUCAUAGUGUUUCUUUUCCACUUAAAUAAUUUUUUCUAAACCAAAGAAACACCAGGAAUUCUUUUGCCCUCGUAAAAAAAACUACUGUCCUGUCUUGGAGUAAUCAGAAUGAGUUCAAUUUUUACCGCGGUGGACUGAAACGGAAGACAUCAACCAAUCAGGUUGCAGAACUACAGUUUUGGUUCUGUUUCAUGAAAUCUUAAUUUAAGUGGAAAUUCAUAUUAUGACUUAGUAAAUAUUUUUAUGCACUUAUAUUUAAUAUACAGAAAUUUUCCGGGUUGCACAUUUAUAUUUAUAUAACUUAUGCAGUUGGUGAAUCACUUAGCUGAAUAUUUAACUAAUCUUUGUGUGUUAUCGCUCGUUAAAAGUAAAAUUGAUUUUUACACCCUUUUUCGAUUACUACAAAACAGCCAGCCUAGUGGUUAGCCCACUCUCGUGUUUUUAUACUUUAUCAGAAUUCAGUAACUCAUAAUUUUUUAUGCUGUAAAGAAUUUUUGUAAAGAAUUUUGUUUCUUGGUA